AUGAGCCCGGCAUAUGGAGAGACUCAAUCGGCCACGGUUGAAGCAAACGAAGCAACUGCAGAGCACCUCUGUAAAAUAGGAAGAUUAAAGGAAUGGUGUACUGCUUUGUUAGCAGAAGAUUGGAUGUCCGGAGGUGUCAUCGCUCCUGGAGUUAUGGACAUAUUGCAACAAACUGUCGCGGCGAAGACAGAAAAAACAAAUGCUAUAACUGCGGACACGAGGGACACAUAG